GCCUUGCCAGCCAUUCUACAGCCAUCCCCGUCUACACUGCACCGUCUCUACGUUCCAUGUUAUCGACCUACCGCAGUCACGAGAACCCUGCUGUCUUGUAGAUACCUAUCUGACCGCCUCAUUCGUCCAAAUAGCCGUGGCAAUCAACUAGUUGCAUCCAGUCAUCCCAGAAGCCACAGCAAACAUGCUUUCGAUCCUGAGGAAGGCGAGACUCAAGGACAUGGAGCUUCGGAUCCUGAUGCUCGGCCUUGACAAUGCGGGCAAGACCACAAUCGUGAAAAAGAUAAUGGGGGAGGACGUCAAUACAGUCAGCCCCACCCUUGGCUUCAUUAUCAAGACGAUCGACUACGAUGGGUAUAAACUGAACAUUUGGGACGUCGGGGGUCAGAAGACGCUGCGCUCAUACUGGCGCAAUUAUUUUGAGAAAACGGAUGCCCUGAUCUGGGUCGUCGAUGCCACCGACUGGCUACGCAUCGACGACUGCCGAGAAGAACUGCAUGGCCUUCUCCAGGAAGAGAGACUUUCGGGGGCAAGUUUGCUCGUGUUUGCAAAUAAGACCGAUGUUCAGGGAUGCAUGACAGGCGGUGAAAUGCGCAAGGCCCUACAACUUGACGAGAUUCGGACGCAUCGCUGGCACAUUCUGCGGUGCAGUGCUAUAACGGGCGAAAACCUCAAGGAAGGAUUAGCUUGGGUUGUAGAAGACGCCAAAGCCCGCCUCUUUCUCUAUUGAUCUGAGACCGGCUGCUCGAUGCGGCUAUUUUCCUUGCGACGUCAUUGGGGAUCCCACCCGGACAGUCAAGUAACGGCCGAAACAAGGUCUGGUU